AUGCGGUUUCGGCGGCGCGGAACAAACGGGUGGACGGUUUGGAGGCCGGGGCGGUGGCGCAUCCUUCCUGGGGACUUCCACCCUUUGCUCGGGCGAAAAUUUCACAAGGAGUUGGGGCUGAAACACGAAACGGGGCCGGCGGGCGACUCCCUUUGCCUAGCAGGGGAGGAGCUUGAAGUGGACGGCGAGGACAUCCUACUUGUGGAGGCGGAGUUUCGACCGGCUUACGACUUCGAGCAAAAAUUUUGCAUCUACAUGGCCGGGGCGCUUUCUGGACCGCGGCCGAAGACCCUUGCGGAGCUUGGUGCGCUUUACCCCGGUAUUUCGCAGGAGCGGCAGCAAUGGUUGGUGAAGUUGCACCAUAACGGGGGGCACUUUGCUACGCUCGGCGACAGGAUCGCCGACAAGCAAGAGCGGCGGUUCUUUGAGGACAUCACCAACUACGACCUGUGCAGCGAGUGCGCAAGCUUCAACCGCUGCCGCGAAAUACUUUGGCCGGUCGGGUGGUCACAGUUCGGCGCCAAGCCGCGAGUGCUUUGGGGCGGCGAUUCGGUCAACACGGCGAUGGGGAUCGUCUACCACCUUUACGAUUUUGGGUCGCAAAAGCGUAGCCUGGCACUGAUCGACCACCACCUCCCGGACAAGGUCGGGAAGGAGUCGGAACCACCUCCGCCCCAGGUUCCGGCUGCUCUCCUCGCGUUCAAGACCAAGGCCGGCGGGCUUCCGCGCUUUUUCAUGUUCGACCCAAAGUCGGACAACCUCAACCAGAACGUCGAGAAUUUUUGCGCCAAUAACGACGUCCAGGGCGUCCCGGUGCCGUACGCCUCCCCCUGGUGCUUGGGGAAGGAGGAGCGGGCACAUCCGAAAUUCAACAAAACCCUCAACAAGGUGCUCCUCAUCACUGGCGGGACGAAGCUGGCGCUCCUGGAGGAAAUAGUGGGGAUGAGGAACAUCAGCGGCGCAGUGCGGGACCUGGUGGACGUAAUCUACAACUGCCGAAAACUGGACGCGGACCAGUUUGAGCUGAAGGACAAGAUCCUUCAGUAUACCGAGGGGCUUUUGAACACAUGCCCCGGCGUGCGGGGAACGGUUUACGCAGCGGACAACUGCCACUACGGCCACUGCGAAAACGACGACGGCAAGGCAACGAAGCAAGUCAUGCGGCAAAUGGAAAAAUUGCUGCAGGAACAAAAACGGCUUGCCUUGGAGGUCCAGCGGCGGGAGAUUUUGGACAAGAUCCGGCGCUUCAACAAGGGCUACAAGCUUUCGCGGUCGCUUACUAGCCUGGAAGACAUCAAGCGGGGCGAAAUGGUCAGAAUUUUACGGACGCACGACAAAAAUUCUGACCAUUGGCACGCGGGAACAGCAAACUGGCGGCAGGUUGGGACUUGUGUCGGCGUAGACACGCACCGACAGGAGGCGAUGGUGAGACCAUCGGGGAGUAACAGGAUUGUGGUGCUGCGGGCGCCACAAGUGAAGAAGUUCGUUUUUGCGGCGGCGGACAUCAAGCCCGGCGUGCAGCUGUCGGAGUACAUGACGGCGCCACUAGAAUUCCGAACCCUACCGGGGAUUCUUGUCCCCACUCCGAAAAACCCAAAGCCAGCACUGCGGAACCGCGCGGACGCUGCUGCCGACUUGCCUGACGACAAAAACCCGCCUUCUAGGCCGAAGAAGAUCGUGAGGGGCGAAGAGAACAAGAAGAAACAGCGAAAAACCAAACCUGCGGCUACUGUUCUCCCCCCUUUACCACUCCCAGCGGCGCCAAGCACAAAACCCCACGGGGCCAAGAAUCAGCAGGGGCCGCCUGUUCUCCCACCAGCAGUUUCUUCAAGUAACCAGAAGGAAACGCUCCUUCCACCCCUGCCACAACCUGAAGCCGCAGCUUCACCUUUGCGCCGCGAGCAGUUGGACACACAAGCGCGUCGGGAGGAAGACGAGAUUUUUGGCUCGCCGAUCCCGAUGGAACCACCGACCGAGCCUCCGACGAAAGCACGACGGCUUUACCUGACCAGCAGCGCGGACCUCUUUGCAAAAGGGGCGGCCAGCGACAGCUUCGCUACAAUUGACGACCGCGGCGCGGCGUACAGCACUUUCGACAUUGCGGGAAGCACGGGGAACACGGUCGCAACCCUGGCGACUUCGGUGCAGGACUUUGUCGCGGGGACGACUGCACGGCGCGCGCAACUGGUGGAGGACGGGCCACAUCUUUACCUUGCGGAAGCGGAAAAGGACGGGCAAGAGAGAGUUCUGGAGACUCUGGAAGACUGGCGUACGCAGCUGCGGAGCAUCGACACCAACUCCAAGUUUUUGAUGGAGCUGAUUGCGCAGCGGGGCCGCCAGACCGUAUUUCGCUCCUCCUUCUGCGACCCCAUCGUGACAGAGCUCAACACGUUGAUCAACGGCAAGCCAGUAAGCGGCACGGCAAGCGGAUUCGACGGCAGCGCCUACGUCGUCGAGGCGAAAGUUUUCCGCAGGGGUUGCAGGGUGCCGGGGCAGCUUGGCAAGCACACUAUCGCGUUUCGGGUCGGGCCAAAAACUGCAUUUCAGGUCUUUGACCCCUCCACCGAAAUUCCCAGCCCCGACGACCAUCAUCUGUUUUUGCAAGUGGAGCAGCCCGCCGCCGUGAACUGGGAAGCAGUCACGCCGAACGGGUGCAGCGUCGAGCUGACGCUGCAGCAGAUCGCCAAAUACGGCCUGUGGCACCUGGUGGACGAAGCAAGGGCGGCGGAGGUCAAGGGAAUCCAAGCCCUUGACGUUUUUGACCUGUCCAGCCAGCGGGACGAGCGGCCGGAGGGUGAAGACGUUUCCGUGGUGUCGUCCCGGAUCGUCUUCACCCUGAAGUUUUCGGCAGGGCAGUUCACCAAGGCCAAAAUGCGGUGGUGCGCCAAGGGCUACAUGGAUCGGCGGCUGGAGGAAGGGUUAGAAAAACGAUGCCACACGGUGGCAGAUAGCAGCAUCCUCGUGGUGCUGCACUGGCUGGCGAAAAACAAGCACUACGCCCACCUUGCCGACAUUGCGCAGGCUUUUCUUCGCGGCAAGGAGCUGCAAGACGCAGUUUGGUUGGAGGUUCCGGAGGGCAUACGAGGAAACAAUGCCUUCGGCCUUGGCCAUCGCUUCGUCCGUCUGAAGCGGUGCCUUUACGGCUUGGCCGAUGCUCCGCUUUCGUGGCAAAAAGUUCUGUUCCAGGCCUUGCGCGAUGCCGGGUGGAAGCAAGACAUCAACGACCCCUGCCUGUGGUACUUCCCUAAAGCAAAACCAGAGCAGCAGCAGCAGGAGGAAAGCAACAGCACCAGCGAAAAGGAAACAGCGGCAAACGGGGACGAGGAGCGACGGGAACAAAGUCCGCUAUUGCGGACAAGCAUCGAGGACCCGCUCCUGCAGUCCAACGAAAUCGAGGGGAUUCUGGGCGUGCAUGUCGACGACAUGCUUUACGGUGGCAGCGCGGCGGCGCACAGGUCGCUGGAGAAGGUUUUUCUGCAGUUCCCACCGGGAUCCAGGACCUGCCUGCUACCGGGCACGGAGGACACGUUUUGCGGCAGGACUAUCCACUGCGAGCAGCACGACGCAGCGGUGGAAGCGGACCAGCGGGAGCAAUUUGAGUUUUACCAAGACGGAAAGCUUGUCGCACGGGCAACAGCAGCGGGCGGAGUGGGAUUCAAGGUCGGGCAGCAAAGCUUCAUUCGAAACAUGAAGCCUAUUUCGGAGCACGAACUGCAGCACUUCCUGCAGAACCGGCGGCGGAAGUCGCCGCUGCGACGGGCUUUGGGGGAGUUGCUUUGGGUGACCAAGGUGCAGAUUGCUUUCGUUGCAAACAUUUGCAUCUUGGCGGGGCAGAUUGACGACGAAGCCAGCGACGACGACUACGGAUUAAUGGUUUCCGAAGUCAAUGAACUCAUCGACCAGGUGAAACAGCACGGGGAGGAUGUGAUCCACAUCCAGCCGACGGCGCAGACGGAGGACAUUUUGCUGGGGUUGGUGGAUGCAAGUCUCGUCCCUAGGCUCGGCGCCAUGGUGUGCCUGGUCAACAAGAAACAAGCGGCAAGUGGAGGCACACCAUGCGGGGACGAGAAGGGCGAAAAAUUGGUCUACAACAUCAUCACCCACUACUCCGCGAAGCCUUCCCGGGUUUUCAGUUCCAGCACUUCGGCCGAACUCCUUGCCCUGCGGCUCGUGGUCAGCGAGCUGCUUUACUUUCGCGGCGUCUGCGUGGCAUCCGGACUUACAUCCCCCGCCCAGCCUCUCAUCGUUUGUUCCGACUCCAACAACGUGGUGAGGAGCAGCACAAAUUCGCUAACGAGGUCGCCCAGCGAGCGAAACCUCAGAGCGGACUACUUCUACCUAUCGCGAUUAGUAGAAGACGGCGAUCUUUGCCUUUGCCACAUCAAGGGGAAACACAACCCCAGCGACAUACUAACCAAAGAAGUGGCAAAGUGCGAUCUUGACAUGGUGCGAGGCUUUUUGCAGUUUCAAGAUGCGAAAUUUGUGCUGCCUCCCGAGGCUCUUACGCUGUUGGAGCCGUGAGGAAACGGGGAAACACGACGGGGGGCGGUCGGGUCACAUUCCCCCGGUGCUACUGCAAGACCAAGGGGGUAAAGAGACAAACCCCACCAGUUGGGGAAUAUCGGGGCGCUUCGCAGUUUCAGCAUUACAGAUCGCACCUUUAGGCAAGACGUUCGUGUAUGAUUUUAGUUUCUCACUUCACUGCUUUCGCAAUACAAGUUUCAGCAUUACAAGUUGCGCUCCUUUGUAAGAUUUCUGUGUAAGAUUUUAGUUUCUCGCAAUGCAAAUCCAUAUCGAAUUUCCGUUCCCGCAUUACAAAUCUCUACAUCUCUUCAACAAAUUAGCAUUGCAAGUUUCUAUUUUUACAUUUUAGAAUUAGAAAAUUACACAGCAAGUUUUAUGAGCUGAACCAAAUAACAAAAAUAGUUUGUCAUGCAAAAUUCACAACUGUUUCAAACGUUUCGCAUUUCUCUCUCGUUUCGACGUCCAAAAGUAGUAUCGUAUGUAUGAUUUUCAUCUUCUGUUUCUCGCUCCGUGUCUACAAAAUGCACUCUUGUAUCAAAAGCUUCUGGCUCGUUUUCGUUAUUUUGUCUUCCUAGAAAUAAAUCGCUUCGUUUUCUUCGCGACCACCACUACAAACCUUCGUACAGCAGCAGGGGGACACUAGGUCCAGUGGUGGUAGCUCGCCUGUGUACAAUUUGGCCAGAGUAUAAAUUUCGCGUUGGUCCGUGUUCUCUCUCCCUCCUGGCGUCGUGUCCGUUCGAAUCUCUUCGUUCACCUGCAUACAGUUCCAUCUUUCUCUCAAGCGGUUUACAGCUUUACUUUUUUCGUAACGGGACUACAGACCUAUUUUUGAAAAAGGGGGUUGUAACAAUUGGGGCCUAUGGCAUGCGCUAGCAUGCACAUUUGCACCAUUGUGCGCCUGUAUUUCGUAGAAUUUACAGCCGCUAGGGCUCGGGCUCGGACACUUGAGAGAACGCCAGGGGGAGAGAGGGAGAGGAGGAGAGCGCCAGGCUCGUAAGAUCGUACGUCGUUGCUGUCGUGGGUGCGUAGAUCGUUGUCUGCACCAAACACCAUGCUGCUAAGCUUGACGAUGAACGUAUUUGGUUGCUUCUAGGUUGGUUUCUACUAUA